CUGACGAGUACUAACAGACAGGUUCCAGUAGUAUAUAUAUCAUCAAAUAAUAGUCACUGGGUUGUUCUGACUGAACUCUGUCCUCUUAUUGUCUUACAUUUCUCACUAAAAUACUUCCUCUUCUUCGUGCCUCUUCAUAGCCACUUCACUCAUAUUCUAUGCAGUGUGCCCGGUGACAAGACUGCUGUGCAGAAGUGAAUUAACAGAAGCAGAAAGCCACCACAACAUUCAGGAAAGCCUGGCUGACACAAACCUCCAGACCAUUAGAUCUUGUGCUAACUCAUCCUGGUUCUGACUCAGCACAUCUUCCUUUUGCUAUCCACCCUUAAGCUGAUCUUUAGAACACUACUUCUUCUCAAUAUGUCCAGUCAGCACUCUCAAACCCACCAUGAAAUCUAUAAGUCUCUGGUGAGAGGCUUAAAAGAACUGGAUCUACGUGGCCCGUGUGUUCCAAGUGACCUGGUCCUGAUUGGAGACCAUGCUUUCCCCUUAGCAAUGAACAGCCGAGGCCAGGUCAUUAUGGCAGCUUCUCUGUAUGGCUGUGGAAGGAUUGUAGUUCUGGCUCAUGAAGGCUACCUGACCACCUUUCCUGCUCUGGUAGAGAAUGCUCUGACCUGGCUGAGAGGAGAUGGAUCUGAAAACAUCUCUGUGGGGUUGCACAAGAAUGUCAAGGCGGUCGCUGAUAACCUGAGUAGAUUCCAAGUAGAAGUUGUGGGGGCCUUUAGUGACAACCCAGGAGUUGGUGUGUAUGUGACAGAUGCCUACAGUGUGGGUUCAGACCCAAAAGACCUUGUGGCAUUUCUGAAAGCUGGAGGAGGAGUGCUGAUAGGGGGACAAGCGUGGAGCUGGGCUCAAAGUCAUCCUAAGAAGAACACGCUGCUGCUGUUUGAUGGAAAUAAGGUGUCUGGUGUUGCUGGAAUCUACUUCUCUGAUCAUCAGGCUGAGGCAGAGAAUCUGCCUGUCUACCCUCAGAUCCCAUCCUCCUGGAUGGCUGUAGCUACUGGCAAGGAUUUUCAGGACGACUUAGAGUUCUUACUGGAGGGGAUUUCAGAGUUUGAUCUCCUGAAUGGUGUAGUAGCUUCUGAGGUUAUGGUCCAUGGCCCUCUUGCCUUCCCUAUCGGUACCACUGAGGAUAGACGAGCAUUUCUGGCUGGAGGCUACUAUGGGCAGGGACGUGUUAUUGUGAUCACACAUGAAGGACUUCUGAGACGAGAGACUCUUGCCCCAUUUUGGAACAAUGCCAUUCACUGGUUGGACGAAGGCCGGAACGGGGUCGUUGGUGUAGUGCCAGAUCUCAACAAUGCCUUCAACCUCUUCUCCAAGUCAGACUUUCACUGUGAGAAGACAAAGUUCAGGAAAGACCUGAGUGUGUUUGUGUGCACAGCAUACAGCAAUGAGCAUGUGGAGGAAAUCCAAGACUUUGUAGCAGAGGGAGGAGGCCUGCUGAUUGGUGGACAUGCCUGGUACUGGGCUCAGACACACCAGGGGGGAAACACCUUGACAGAGUUCUCAGGAAACAAAAUCCUAAACAAAAUGGGCUUGAGUCUGCUGGAAAAGAUAAUAUCUGAAGGUUCCUACAAGGCCCCAGAGCCCAGCCAGGCCAUCAAAGAUAACUAUCACUUCCGCCACCUUCUACGGCGCUUUGCUGGUCAUGUAACUGAGGGACAAGAACUUACAGGACAUGAAGAGGAAUGUCUUAAAAAACUGGGUGGAGACUGUGCCAAUUAUUUGGCCAUGAAAGCACAUAACUGCUCCUCCUAUACACAGGUGGUGUCAGCACUCACUGACAUCUUAAAGAAGUCUGGCAUGCCACAGGUGAGUGAGAGCUGCCCUGCGAAGAGUCCCAGAGAUCACCUGCUCCUCAGUGUGGCGUCAGAGGUGUAUAAGGUUUGUCCAGAUCCUGAUGCCCUCCUGCCCUACCUGAUCAAGAAUAACCCACUGUUGCCAGUUGUCUACAACCAAAGGAUCAAGAUUGAUGUUAAUACAGCAGAGAGGGAGGAGUGGAUCAGUACAGGUCUCUACCUCUCUCCUGGAAUGAAGACCUACAUGUCCAUGCCAGCAGAGAUUGUCAACAAGGGAUGGAAGGUUCAGAUAGGCUGCCAGACAGACCGACUGAAUGCAAAAGAGUUGAAGAGAGCACCAUGUGUUCACGAGCGAUUUCCUGUUACCUCAGACAUGAUGCAGGUGUGGAACCUGUGGGGGGGACUCAUCUACCUGGUGGCACCUCCCAAAACACAAGUGAAGGGACCUGAAGUAACUGUGCAGAUGGCUGUACCUGCACCAUACUAUAAAUCUGGUGUGACAACAGCAGCUGAUUGGUUGUUGCUGCGCACAGCUCCUUCACCCUGGGCAGAGUUGGAGUUUGACAACAUCAUCCUCACUGUACCAUCAGAUGUUGUCAGGGCCCUGGAACGUCCUGAUGAGGUGGCAACGCUCUGGAAUGACAUCAUGAGGAGUAUUGCUGAUCUUGCUGCCAUCCCACACAAAUUUCCUCGCAAAGAGCGUUUUUUAACCGAUGUGCAGAUUUCUCAUGGUUGGAUGCAUGCAGGUUAUCCUAUCAUGGCACACAAGUCCACAGCAGCUGAGCUGGUCAGUGUGGACCAUAUGAAGAGUAAAGGCCUGUGGGGUCCCAUCCAUGAACUGGGACACAACCAGCAGAGAGGCUGCUGGGAGUUCCCUCCACACACCACAGAGUGUACAUGCAACCUGUGGUCAGUGUAUGUGCAUGAAGAUGUGCUGGGGAUCGACAGGACAAAGACUGAAAAUCCUCUGAUUCCAACAAAAAGGAUGGCUCUUGCAGAAAAGUAUGUCAAAGAGGGCAGGAAUCUCAAAAGCUGGAAUGCGUUUGUGGCCCUGGAGACAUAUAUACAGCUGCAGGAUAAGUUUGGCUGGGACGCCUUUAAGAAGGUGUUUGCUGCUUACCAUAACAUGAGCAACUGGCCCAAAGACAACAAAGGAAAGAUGAACCUGUAUGCUGUGACCUUCUCCCAGACUGUGGGGAUGAACCUGGCUGGAUUCUUUAAGGCCUGGGGCUGGCCCAUAGAAACAGACACAGAACAAAAACUCUCCAACCUGCCUCCCUGGAGCGAUCACCCGAUGGUCAAGUUUGGUUGUGUCUGACUUCAGACUGUGACCAGUUAAAGGAAAGGUUCUUGUAAAUGGCACUAUCCACAAAAAAGGAAAAUAAGGGCAACAGGACUUCUGUGAUGAAAUUUCAUCACCAAUCCGAGUUUGAUUUCAAUUGCAUGUUAUCUGACAUAGAGCCUAUUGUAAUGCAGACAUAUGUUAAACUGUAAUUUCUUCUGUGAAUUUUCAUUUUAGUUAGUUAUUUCACGUAUAGAAACAAGAUGGGACAUCAAGAUGACAAACAACUGACAUGACAACUGCUCCAUCAAGUGGUGAGAGCAGGAAAAAAUAUAAAUAAAUUAGUACAGUGUAGACAUAAAAACACAACCCAGUAUUUAUUUGAUGAAGGAAGUGCAGAUGCGUUGUACAUAUUUUAAUCUACAUACUCUGCGUUCUGCUCUCACUCACACAUAUAAACUGGGUGGAAAAUUAGCAUGUAUGGCUUAGAUGAAUUAUGUUACAGUCUGUCAGCACCAUUACUGUUGCCUCAACUCUCAACAGCAUCUAAAAAAAUGUUCCUUUAAAUGACACUUAUUGUAAAGUAACUCCUGAUGUCCACCUUCAUUUUUUUGGAUAACAUCCUGCCUGAGCAUAUCACAUAAAUUAUGCUAAUACACACGCACACACACGCACACGCACGCACGCGCACACGCACACGCACGCGCACACACACACACACACACACACACACACACAAUAAUGUUUAAGUAUUCCAACCUAAUGUUAAUAGCAUUGCACCAAAUAAAAGUGCCCUUUCCGUUCUGUUUCCUGCUACUGGUAGGAGUAUUGGAUACGUUGCAAAAUGCCUUAAAAGUCCCGUUGCCCAUGUUUUCAGAUUUUUUAAAUAUACUGUGAUCUGGGUGACGGUCAACUUUAACAGACAUCUUCAAUGGGAAAAUCGCUUGAGUGAUAUCAUUGAAUUUUUUAUAGUGUAUAUUCCAAAAUUAUAAUUACAUGUGCGCACAUUUUAAAAUGUAGUGGCUCUACCAUAUGAUCAUGUUAAUGAGGAAUUGUAGUAGGGAGGGAUUUUUUUUUCUACUAGAGUCUUUUCAUUUUUCAAAUAGAAAAAUAAAGCAAAGGCCAACAUUGGGAAUUCUGCCUUGUCUAAUGUUUGUUAAUCAUAAACCUGUGUUAUUUUGUAUGCAGGACUAAUCUCUGUUACUCUGGAUCUAACAACAUGGGAGGAAGAUUUAUAAUGUCACAGUUGCAAGAAAUAGAUUGCUCAUAGGUCAGCAAGGCCUGUUCCAUAUGACUUUCUGUCCAUCAUAUUAACUCUACCACUUAUAUACACCAAUCAGGCAUAACAUUAUG